UCAACGAGGAACACUGGUCUGUGCAAAGCAACAUUGCAAACAUGGAGAUAUAUGCAUGCGGGCUAAAUGUAAUGCUGUAGAAAUUCUGUACAGAUUCAGUGACACAAAUGAAACGAAUUCGUCGCUGUAAAUUUAGUUUAUUUUCUUAGAAGAUGUUUGCCAAACCGUUUCGUGUAAAAUCCAACACCGUAAUCAAAGGAUCAGACAGGAGGAAGCUCAAAGCUGACCUUUGUGCAGCAUUUCCUUCACUGUCUGCUGAUGAGCUGUCUGAGCUGAUACCCAACAAAGAGGAGUUAAAUGUUGUGAAGAUUUAUGCACAUAAAGGAGAGGCUGUGACGGUUUAUGUUCUUCACAAAAAUCCGCUAUUCUUUGAACUGGAGAAACAACUUUAUCCGACUGUGUACCUGCUUUGGCGCUAUCCUUCUCUCCUACCAGUAUUCAGGACAUGGUCUCCUGUACUUCAGAAGUUGAUUGGAGGGGCCGAUCUCAUGCUGCCAGGUGUGGUAGUUCCCUCCUGUGGGCUCCCAGAUGUGAACCAGGGGGAUUGCUGUGCAGUUACGGUGGUAAAGAAUAGGGCUCCUGUUGCUGUUGGCAAGGCUGCAAUGUCCAGUUCAGAGAUGCACAGUUUGGGCAUGAAAGGGAGAGGAGUGUGUGUUCUCCACACAUACAUGGACUAUCUCUGGACAUUUGGAGAUAGGUCAGGCCCUCCUUCUUUACCAGAGGAUGAAAGUGAAGGACAAGAGGAGAAUGGAGUGAAAUGUGAGGUCAUUGAGAAAGAAGAGCUUAAGAAGUGUGUGGAGGAACAGCAGAGCUCUGGCGAAACAGUCACGGAUCAAGCCUGCUGUGGUUUGGAGGAGCUCAGGAUAGCUGAGCAGGAGGAAAACAAGUGUGAAAGUAGCAACGAGAAAGAAGAGGAGAACCAGGAGGACCUGAAAACACCACAAGAGGCAAUGGACACCCUGCUGUUUCAGUGCUUUCUGCAUGCGCUCAAGAGCAAGGUGAAAAAGUCCGAGCUCCCUCUGCUGACUAGUACAUUUCUCCGCAACCACAUGUUCUCCUGCUGCCCAAGUGGAAGGCAGCUUGACAUCAAGAAAUCAAGCUAUAAAAAGCUUUCCAAGUUUCUGCAGGUCAUGCAGCAGCAGCAUAAUCUUGUGCAAGUGAAAGAACUCACCAAGGGUGCAGAGAGCAUUGUGGAGGUGGACUGGAAAAAUCCAGAACUGCGUUCCUUCAGCGUUCCAGACGAAACAGGUGUUGAAGCAACUACAGUGCAGGAGGGAGGAGAAGCAGAAGUUGCAUACCAUCCUCCAGAGAUCACAACUUUGUACUCUGUGUCUGCUCGGCUGGAGCCUCUUUUUGUGGAUGCAAAAAAGAGGAAAGGAAUGACAAUGCAUCCCGCUGAAGUAAGAAGUAUUGUCACAGAAUAUGUGAAGAAGAAUGAACUGGUGAAUGAAAAUAAUAAGAAUUAUGUGACCAUAAACCCCACUCUAUGUGACUGCUUACUGGAGAAAUCAGAAUACCAGGAGGUAGAGUCUCUUAAAUGGGAUGAUCUCUUUAGCAGGACACUGGGAAAAAUGCAAGGGUGUUAUCAAGUUAUAUUCCCUGGACAAGAUCCUAUAAUAAAGAAGGGCCAUAUUGAACCUAUAGACAUCUCUGUGGCUUCUCGAGGCUCUAACAAAAAGGUGACACUGGUAAAGAACUUGGAAACAUAUGGUUUGGAUCCUGCAACUGUUGCCACUGCUUUGCAGCACAGAGUCCAGGCCAGCACUGUCUUACAGCCCAUCCCUGGAGCCAAGGAAAAAGUCCUGGUCCAGAUUCAAGGAAACCAGAUUCAUCAAGUUGGCAAUUUGCUGCUCGAUCAGUAUCAAAUUCCUCGUAAGUACAUCCAAGGACUAGACAAAGCUUCAAAAGGCGGCAAGAAAAAGUAGCAUUUCAUUUCAAUUAUGUACUGUCAUUAAUGUUGCUCUGAUGAGUGGAACAAAAACAACAGCUGAUCCUACAGUUAUAAAAGUCACAUUGAAAAGAUUAAUGAAAGAUCACUGUGUUUUCUUCCUCCUUUGACUUUCAAUUAAAAAUGGGUU